AGAGCAGGAGGGAGGGCUCUCAGCGCAGACUUGGGUCAGAAGUUUCUUCUAAUUAGCCAGUCUUCUCCUCGCCUGCCUCACUUGUCCACCCUGCAGAUCAGCAUCCUCUUCUCAGGGACCAGAGGACCGGCGCGUGGGCCUCCAGCACCCAGAACCUCAUCCAGCCUCCAUCAGUGCGCGCAGGGGGGACGAGCUGCCAUUACGCACCAGCUCCAUGGAACAAGCAGACAUCUAACUUAGUCAGCUUCUAGUGCUUUGAAUUUGGAGGUUAUUUAAUUAACAGGUGCAUUUAUUUUAAAAAAAAUUCUUCUUAAUCUUAUUAUUAAUUUAAGUUUUAAAUCAGAAGUGGAGAAACAUCAGGUGAGGAUUAUCCUCUAGAUCUACCAGAACCACAAGUCAGAGAAGCAAACUGAGGCAGGAAAAAAAGGUAAAACAUCAUCUGAGACAAAGAGAGAGAAAGAGAGGGAGAGAGAGAGAGAGAGGGAGGGAGAGAGAGAGAGAGAGAGGAAGGGAAAAACAGAGAAGAGAGAAAGAAGGAGACAACCCCCCCGAGAGAGGUUUGGAGAGGCGUCCCCCGGCCCGACAGAAGGAGAGAGAGAGUGAGGGAGUGUUUUAAAGCCGGCAGGAGGCAUGAUGUCCUACAUUAAGCAGCCCCAUUACGCCGUGAACGGGUUAACGCUGUCCGGCCCGGGCAUGGAUCUGCUGCACACCGCCGCCGUGGGAUACCCCAGCACUCCGCGCAAACAGCGUCGGGAGCGCACCACCUUUACGCGCGCGCAGCUGGACAUCCUGGAGGCUCUCUUCGCCAAAACUCGGUAUCCAGACAUCUUCAUGAGGGAGGAGGUGGCCCUGAAGAUCAACCUGCCGGAGUCCAGAGUGCAGGUCUGGUUCAAGAACCGUCGCGCCAAGUGCCGCCAGCAGCAGCAGCAGAGCACGGGCCAGUCCAAACCCCGGCCCCCGAAGAAGAAGGCCUCCCCGGCGCGCGAGGCCAACACCGAGGCCAGCGCCAACACCGCCAACGGACCCUACAGCCCCCCGCCCCCGCCCCCGGGCACCGCCAUCACCCCCAGCUCCAGCUCGGCCAGCGCCACCGUCUCCAUCUGGAGCCCGGCCUCCAUCUCGCCGCUGCCGGACCCUCUGUCCGCCUCGACCACCCCCUGCAUGCAGCGCGCCACCACCUACCCCAUGACCUACAGCCAGGCCCCGGCCUACAGCCAGAGCUACGCGGGCUCCUCCUCCUACUUCACAGGCCUGGACUGCAGCUCCUACCUGUCCCCCAUGCACCCGCAGCUGUCGGGCACCGGCGGGGCCCUGAGCCCCAUCACGGCCUCCUCCAUGGGGGGCCCCCUCAGCCAGUCGCCCGCCUCCCUCUCCUCGCAGGGCUACACGGCCGCCUCGCUGGGCUUCGGAGCCGUCGACUGUCUGGACUACAAGGACCAAGCUGCCUGGAAGCUCAACUUCAACGCUGCUGACUGCCUGGACUACAAGGACCAGAACUCCUGGAAGUUCCAGGUCUUGUAAUUAACAGGAAGUGGGGGGUGGGAGGGGGGAGGGUUUGGAAAUCAAAGCAAAGUAGACUGAAGGAGCUCAGAGUGUAUUUUGGUGUUAUUAGAAGAACUUUGGACACAGUAGUUUUUUCAUUGUUGAUGUUCCAAUAAGAAAAAAUAUUAAUAAUAAAUAAAUAAAUAAAAAUAAAGAGUGAAUGAUCUGUUGAUGCUUGGCUUGUUGAUCAGAGGCAGCAGGAAGCAUCAGCCUUUAAAUCAAGGAGGAAUAAAAAUACUGUAAAAUAAAAUGUGAUUCGUUGAUGACAGAAAAUACUUCACUGCUCUCUGAAGCACAACCUGUUCAGGGUUGAAACACUGGCAAAAAAAAAACAAACAGUUUUUAGUUUUUGCACAUCAACUUAAAAACGUUUAAUAACCAGUUUAGACUAUAGAGUUAAAUGAUCAGAACCAAGCAGUCCAUCCCAAACCAGUUCAACGUCUGCUGUCUUCUCAAGACUCACUCUGCACCGGAGCAGAUGUUCCUUCCCUCUGGACUCUGUCUUGUGUUUGUUAUGAUGUGUUUCUUCCAUGAAGCGAACUGACUCGAUGAGAACUUCUGAGAUCUUCAGCUCGACUGACACGAAGAGGCCGUCUUCACCAGAUCAGUACAAAGUGUUGAACAGAUAGCAGGAGCCAUGAUGAUGGUUCCUUGUAGCCUUGUAUGUUUCUGACUCUGUUUUUUUUUUUUUUUUGGACUGUGUGACUCAAGUGAAAUGGGAGGGUUGGGUUGGGGGGGGGGGGGUGAGUUGGCCUCUCCAGUGUCUGUGGAGCAAACCUGUUGCCUUUGAGCGUGGUUGUGAUCGUUCCGAGUGGUACUUUAGGGAACUGUCUUGUCUCCUGGUGUCUGCAGUAAAGCCGACAGCUGGGGGCAGUCUACGACUUGGCUGUCGAGUGUGACUCGAGAGGAGACUUGCGCCAGAGAAAGAGAAGGACUGGGCUGCCGUGCAGCACCCCCUCCCACACACACCCUCCCUGUUUGCACAGAGUGUUUGGUGCCUCUCAACUCCAUCCUGUAUAAACGUGUCACUUCUUUUUGUGUUUGGUGUUUUCUUUCAUUCUCUUUUUGUAUUAAGCUUAAACUAACACUCUCUUUCAAAAAAAAAAGUCAAAAUUGAGUUAAAAAAUGUGGUAAAUAGUUAAAAGUCAGUAUUAUCAGUGUUAUUAUCGUUAUGUCUUCAGUCGACAUGGACAUGGGUAAUAGACGCUUAUUUUUUGUGUUGUUGCUGUUUUGUAAAUAUUAAAACUUGAAAAAAAUGAAUCAUGUCUGGUAUCAGCAGGAACACAGCCGCUUCAUCCAACGAUCUUUUUUUCUCCUUAAAAAUCUAGAAAACUGCCAACUUUUUACUGUUUCUAUUUCUCUUAUUUCUACAUCUUUUUUUCAAACUCAGGGGUUUUAUCUGACAAAGGUAGCAGUAAUGGGACACGAUGCUAUUUAUGCUUCUUAAUCAUUUACUGGACUCGUAUUUGAUGCAUUUUAGUCUUCUCUUGCUUUUUUUUUCUGACAUGAAUUGUUUUGUAUACUAUUUGUCUCCAGUGUUUGACCAGUCUCACCAUUACUGUGCUAGAUACUGUUUUUGAAAUAUUAAAUGACUUCAUUAAAGCACUGUUUUUUGUAAGUUAUUGCAUGUAAAAGUUUAAUAACGUGAUUUUACAACUCCAAAAAUAGACAUAUCUCAAAAAGCAAUCAAACUUGUACUAAGUUGUUUCACGACAGUGUAUUUAUUGAACAAAUCCAAAUAAUAAAACAGCAUUACGAUGUCA